GAUAUUCACAGCCCAUGUUGUAGCGGAGUGGCUAGUUAGCACCUUCGCGUUGUCACUGUCGGCUCCUUUCGAGCCAAUUCUUUUAGCUUCUCGGAAUUUAGCGUCUUGGCCAAGAUGCGAGAAUUGCUGUUUAGCAUUUUGAUUAGCCAUUGUCCCUGGCGCCACAGCUCUCAAAGUCGGACGGAGACGGAGCCGUGUGUGUCUGUGACAGUGGCAUUCAUUCAUUUGCAAUUUUGUUGGAAGUCACGGCCUGCAAAAUGCCACGUAGCAAGCGAAAAAAGAAUCGUGAAACAUCAGACCGCUGGUGUGGGCAUUGCCAGGACAUUGUACCAAAAUCUACUUACCAUGAGCACUGCAACCUGUAUGGAAAAGCUGUGUGCGAUGAUGGUGGUGACAUUUCCAGUGUGUCCAACCCACUUCUGUCAAAGAAGCAAAAGUUGACCGGACGGACAGACGAAGAAUCAUGUGACAGCGCCGAAAGUGUCUCUUCAGGCAUGGAAAGCACAGAUACCAACCAACUGAUGACAGAAGUUAGCAAGAUUCCUGCUCCUGACAUGGAUACAACAUUCUGCAGUGUUGGCAGUGAAAGCUCCAGCAUACUGGAAGCGUUUGUCCAAAACGUGACAGGAGACGUGGUCAAAGCCUAUAAGAAAGCAGAGGAAGGGCUGACUAAUCUCCUUCUGAACGUGGAUGCGCAUCCAACAGAUGACAGUGGCAAAAGAAAGCAGGCAGUGCAGUAUGUGCUCCAGUGCCUUCAACAACUGGAUCAGCAUGCUCGGAUCCAUGUUAAAGAAAAGUUGAAUGAUGUAGAGAUGAAGUUAGGAGACAACAUGGCCAUGCCUGAGUGUACGGAAAAGCUGCAGGAAGAAAAGGCUGCCCUACAAGAGUUACUCUACCAGUUAAAGGAUGACUCAAAUGGUACAUCUCAUACUGGAAAUGCUGAAGAAGGAUCUUCAAAACCAACAUCUCAUGACAGUGAUAUUGAGGAUGCUGAUGAAGAAACCUGGUGGGACACUGUGGAAGAACCUGGGUAUGAAGAAGCAAUGGAUGGAAGAGAGGACGAAAUGGUGGACAGCAGUGAGACUGGACAGGAGAUGGAGAUGGAGGGAGAAGAUGAAGAAAUGGCGGAAGAAGAUGAGGAAAUGGAGGAAGAAGAUGAAGAGGAUGACAAUGGUACCUUGUCAUGGAUGCACACAUUUUUGUUGUAUCUAACAGUCUGGAAAACGAACCACAACAUUUCAGAUAAUGCUAUGAUAGGAUUGAUGUGCGUUAUAAGAUUUGUCUUAAGUAUGCUUGGUUGCCUUUUGAAUAUUGAAGUGAUAAAGAACCUUGCAGCAAUGUUUCCUCGUACUAUGUACAUGUUGCGAAAGAAACUGAGUGUGCAGAGAGAUGACUUUCAUCGUUUUGUGGUGUGUACAACAUGUGACACUGUUUACAGUAUUGAUGAUGCAAUAAGAGAAGUGAAGGAUGGAAGAGGUAGGGUUGUUGGAAGAAAAUCUGAGAAGUGUUCCUUUGUUGAGUUUGCCAGACAUUCGCAGAGAAGGUUCCGUCGCCCCUGUGGCGCUUUGCUAAUGAAGACAGUAAUUGGUAAAGGUGGAAAGGAGUAUCUACGUCCUAAACGUACAUUCUGUUAUCGUAGCAUUAUAGAUUCACUAGGAGAUUUAGUCAAAAGAACCAGGAUUCCUUAACAAAUGUGAGGAAUGGAGGAAUCGAAAUGUUUCAGAAGGUGUCUAUGGCGAUGUCUAUGACGGAAAUGUGUGGAAAGAUUUUUCAGUAUCAUGAUGGCAAGCCUUUUUUGGCUGAACCAUACAAUCUAGGCUUGAUGCUUAAUGUUGAUUGGUUUCAACCAUAUGAUAAGGUUAAGGAUUCUGUUGGGGUGAUGUACAUGGUUGUGAUGAAUUUGCCAAGGGAAGAAAGGUUCAAGAAAGAAAACAUAAUAGUAGUUGGCAUUAUACCUGGUCCCAGAGAACCAAAAGGGCACAUUAAUUCUUUUUUAGAUCCUCUCGUUCAAGAACUAGAUGACUUAUGGGAAGGCGUAUUUCUGCAUGAUUCAUCCUCACUAGGUUUAAACAUGUAUCGUGCUGCUUGUCUAUGUCUGUCCAGUGAUAUACCUGCCACUAGGAAAACGGGGGGAUUUCUGGGUCACAUGGCAACAAAAGGCUGUUCUAAGUGUCUCAAAUCAUUUUUACGUACUGGGGACAACAAAGUUGAUUAUUCAGGUUUUCAGGAAGAUGAUUGGGAACCUCGUACAAAUGAACUACACAUAACAUAUGCAAGAAGGGCAAAAUUGGCUAAAAA